CUCCCCGCUCACCUCAGAGGCCAGAGAACGAGAACCCUUUUGCCCUUACUGCGUGGGGCGUCAGGCACGUUAGCGUAGGCGCCGUGCAACGUCAUCGCGUCGCCAGCUGACUCCCCAAACGGACACCACCCCCCGGAAGUGAUGCAGGGGAGGCUGAGCCCGAGUGGGAGCCCUGGCCGCUGCGAGGAGCUUGUGCAGAGGGGGUACGCAGGAAGCUGCCUGAUACUGCGUCAGACCUUUGGUCCAUCAAGCUCAGUAUUGUCUACACUGACUGGCAGCGGCUUCCCAGAGUUUCAGACCGACUUCUUUCCCAGGCCUACCCUGGAGAUGCCGGGGAUUGACCCUGGAAGCUUGUCCAGCGAGCUACAGCCAGCACACUUUCCCGGUUGGUGUUUCUAAAAAAGGUUCUGGAGUUUGUGAACAUCCAGCCGUGCUUUGAAGGCUUGUGACUGCUGAUGGUCUAUGUGCUGACUGUGGAAGAAGAGUUACCCUUGGAACAUCUUACCAGAGAGAGCUGGCGUUCCAUGGAGAGACCCUGGUGCUUGGGAGGAGAGAUGGAUUAAUAGCUGCAAUGCCUUCCUGUGCUUUUGAUCAUACCACGUUGCUUGACCGCCAUUGAUGGCAUGUUGAGGCCCACCAAGUGGCCGCGGAGUGGGCGUGCCAUAGUGAGGGGGUUGCUCUAACAGCAGAGUGUGGGACACCAUGGGCCAGUGCGUCACCAAGUGUAAAAAUCCUUCUUCCACUCUGGGCAGCAAAAAUGGCGAACGAGAGUCGAGCGGCAAAACUCACAGCAAGCGGAGCACGAUCCAUAAGGAAGAGCACAGUACGCUUGGUGGGAAAUCCUCUGGGGACAUCCUUGUCAAUGGGACAAAGAAAAUGGAGGCCACCAUAGAGUCUAGUCAGCCCCCGACUUCUUCUGGAGAUGCCAAGAAAGAGCCGGUUUCUGGCACAGAGGAAUCGUCCCUCCACAGGACUGAGGAGCUAUUUAGGAGAUACAAGGACGAGCGAGAAGAUGCCAUAUUGGAGGAAGGCAUGGAGCGUUUUUGCAAUGACCUCUGUGUCGACCCAACUGAAUUCAAAGUGCUAGUCCUGGCAUGGAAAUUCCAAGCAGCUACCAUGUGCAAAUUCACAAGGACAGAAUUCUUUGAGGGCUGCAAAGCAAUAUAUGCAGACAGCAUUGAUGGGAUAUGUGCCCGGUUCCCCACCCUCUUAAAUGAAGCCAAGCAAGAAGACAAGUUCAAGGAUCUCUACCGUUUUACCUUUCAGUUUGGCCUGGACUCUGAAGAGGGACAGCGAUCGCUGCAUCGGGAAAUAGCCAUUGCCCUUUGGAAACUCGUCUUCUCUCAAAACAAGCCCCCAAUAUUGGACCAGUGGUUACACUUUCUGAACGAGAACCCCUCAGGAAUCAAGGGCAUCUCCCGGGACACGUGGAACAUGUUCCUAAAUUUUACUCAGGUCAUUGGGCCGGACCUCAGCAAUUACAGCGAAGAUGAGGCUUGGCCCAGUCUCUUUGACACCUUUGUGGAAUGGGAAAUGGAGCAACGGAAGAAGGAGGAGGAGGAGGAGGGAGAGGACACCAAAUGCGUUGUAGCUUCACAGACAGCGAGCCUGUGUGCAGACCAUCAUACUUAGCAGCAUUUUAAUGCAGCAGCAACAGCCGUAACCUAUCAACCUUUUCAUUACCCAUAAGCUCUGGACUCCUCUGGAAUUUACAGACGCUCCAGAUUUUUUCUACUUUACACCUUUCUCUGCCUUGUAAUUUUGAAAGGGCUCUAAAAUGCUGUAUCCAUAUUUUAGGCACUUUUCAAUUUUGGGUUAUUCCUGUUUCUUCUUCCUCACCCCUUGAAAUUUUUGAGACCCCUGGCUGCAAGUUUAAAUGUUUUUUUUAAAAAAAGAAUGGUUUCAGAUUUGGUAUAAUUACAUCUUGACGUUGGUUGCACAACUUUAAAAAACAAACUUUUUUUUGGUGAAGUUAAAUUAACAUCGCUAAAUUAUACAGUGCCAGAUUGAAGUUCUGCAAAUUUACAUAUAUAUAUAUAUUUUCAGGGCAGGUCUAUACUGUGUGUAGUGCUGUUUACAUUGUUGACUUUUUUUUUAAGGUUGUGAUAAUUUUAAGAUUUAUACCAUGAUUAAUCAACAGUGUUUACUGUUAACUGAAAAAUGCAUUUAAUUCCCAGGUAAAUAAGAUUCUGAAAGCCAAUGAAAGUGCAUUUUUUCCACUCUUUUUUGUUUUUGGUAGCAUAGCUAACUUCUUUUAAGUUGGCUCCUGGGGUUUUUUUUUAACAAAAAUAUUCCUUUUGCUUGAAAGAAUAUACUGUACCUUCCAGUCAGCUCAGCAUUUAAUAAGCUUUUUUGAACCCUUUUGGCCAUGAGAUAAAAGUGCAGCAUCUGGUUCUGUGGAGAGGGCUGUUUUUACUCCUUGUCCUCUAUGCACCCCCUUCCCACAAGUCUGCCAUCAUUUGGAAUUGCUUUGCUCACUUUUAAACAAUGAGCUCUGUUCACACUGACAAGGAUGCCAAGCAUGCACUAUAAGAGGGUGAGGCUUCUUCCCUCAAAAGAAAAUAAAAAGAACUAGGCAGUCUUGCAGAGAUUAUGCUAAUGCAAGCCCCAUAAAAAAAAAGUCAAGCAAAGGGAUUCUCCUCUCGCUUGGGUAGCAAGGCAUGGGGUAUGUGUGUAUAUAACAGGCCUUGCAGCACUCUGGGCAGAAAUUGGCCAUCCCUUGCUUUGGGUAAAGUGCAUAAGAGCUGUGCUACCUCAAUUCUAAGCCCCCCCCCCAAAAAAAAACCCCCAACACUGCAGAUUGAAUUUUCCUUUUGGACUAGGGAGUCUCUUUUCCUAGCAGUGUGAAAAUGCUUUUACUUGAUUUUAAAAGCCAAAUGUGGUACUUCUUUUUUUCCCCCUUUUCCCAUGCAUUUGUACCUUGAGCAAGUGUUUCCUCUCUGUGGUGGGGGAAGACACACACGCACACACACCUUGAAUAAAAACUCUCCUUUAAUUUUAUAUAUUUGACACUUGGAUAAAAGUGUUACCCUCUAUAUGGCCAAUGAGCGCGGCAUAGCUGUGCAAGAAUGUGUGGGUUUAACAGCCACCGCCACCACAAACGCACCCACAAAAGCUCUUGGUUGUGGGAUUGUGGUUGGAGUCAUCCCAUUAUUCCCUGCACAAGGAAGUUUGCAUCUCUCAAAUAAGAUUUCCACUCUGCCCUUUAUUGCUGCAUCCUGAAUAGAAAUUUCAGCAGGUGUAUGGAAAUUCAGUGAUGGAAAAGGCAGCAUCUCUUGGAUUUCUGCUUGUUCCCUUGCUGUCAGGAAGGCCCAGACUUAACCAAAACGGUGGUAACCCUAGUUUGGAAUCAUCUUUAAUGGCUAUGCCCUAUGCAUGUCCUUUGGGACUGACUUUUAACAAUAUUUUAAAUAAGACUUGAUUUGUUGUCUUUUAACAUUUUUCCUGUAUCUCGGACGAGUUGCUCACUUGGAACUCUUGCAACCUAAAAAAGGAGUUUCAUUCAUGCUGGCUGAAUUGUUUUGUGACUUUUUAAAACGACGACGUGUUGUCGACAUUUUAAAACGUGGGAAAAGGGAUAGCUGCUGAGGCUUUCACCUGACAUGGGUCUCACCUCCAUAUUAAUGUUUUUUUUAAAAAUAUAAAACUUUAUUUCUGGUUACUCAGCGAAGGCUCUCAAAGUAGGUUUUAACUUCUUCUUUUUUGAAACGUAAUGCAGACGUUGCCAGCCUGGUGCCCUGCUGGCUGGGGCUGAUAGGAACACAACACUUGGAGGGCACCAGGUGGGCAGUUGACUUAAUGAGUCAUAGACCCACCUAAGCUGCAUUUUUAAGCAAUCCAUGAACCUAUACAUUCCAUUGGAAACGUCUAAGUAGCUUGAGAUCGGUGGGAAAGGCAAUUCUGCUACAUGGUGGGUUGGGCAGGCGUGUUGAAGACCUUCUUUACAAUUGUGCUGUAACCAUGCAAUCUGCUGAAGCAGGCUAGCUCCCUUCCUCAAUUGCUACAGCUCUUCACGCAAGAGACUCAGCAUGAAGCUGUGCCACCUCUCUCUAGUCUUUCCUUCCCCCUCCCUCCUGCCUCCCACUUCCCAACAGAGUUUGCAUGGGCACAAUUGGGUAGGUCCAUCAAGACAGUCAAACUCCUCUAGAUCUGAAAUCGCCUACAAUCCUGGGGUGGAUUUUUUUUUUUAAAGAAAUACUUGAAAUUCACACCCUUUCUCACCUGCCAGGAGCAGAGAUUGAUAUCCAUUUGUUUGUUGAUGAAUACUGACUGCAUUAAAACACCUUUUUAAAAUUGUGCAAA